CAAAAGUAUUUUUUGAAUAUUCAAACAUUUAGGUGCUACCUCGUCACAUUACAGAUAAAAAAAAUGCACUAUCCUGACACUGAGGCUGGUGAUUUUCAACGCAAAUUGGAACUUAUAAAUAACAGAAUGACCAACGAUAGACAAUAUCGCCAAGUGCAACACCUAGCUCGUUACUCAGAGGAUAGUGAUUAUACUUCGGACUUAAACUAUCCAAUAACACAUAAUGCAAACUCAUCAGCUAGUCACUACCGAAAUCUACAGACACCACAACGCUCAUUAGAAACAUCCCGUGAAAACUCGUACGAAAAAGAAGAUCGAUAUGGAUAUUAUGACACAACAACAGCAAACACUGCUAUGACCAACUUUACUAGCUUAAAUAUGGAAAUUGAAAAUAUGUAUCCAGAAGACAGCCGAUCUCCGAUUCGUGAUAAAGAAGAAAGUGAUCCAUUAUCGUACAAUAGUAGGCCGUUCAACACAAAUAGUUGUUUAAAAGGACUUAGUGAAACUAGAUAUGAUAGAUCAGAUGGGUACACAGGAAUUCGAAAGCGUAGUUUAGAACGUCAACAUUCUUCAGUAUUAUUUGACAAUUUUUAUGGUGAUCAAGAAACGAACGACUAUGAAACAUCGCUGUAUCCUACAAGGAAUGCCAAUGAACCACAAUUAGUCAAUAGAUAUGACUAUAGUUAUGGAUUAGAUAGACAAUGGAAUACGAAUAGUAUUAAUUUUAAUAGUAAUUUGCCGUCGAAGGGAAAGCUUUUACCAAAGGUUCCGACUAAAAGCUACAAUGUGAUCGAACAGAGAGAAGCAACUUCAACGCUGUUGACUGAUGCAAUACCGAUUGCAUCUGGUUUAUCAAAGAAGACACGUCAGUUGCCGCAACCAGUUGUAAGCGCUACGCGUAAAAGACUACCACGUGCCGGUUAUACACGGCAACUGCCACAGAUGCCAUCCAUAAAUAAGUCAAAAUAUCCGGCAUCUUUGAUGAGUCGCAGUGACACGGAAUACUCAAAGUUUGGCUCCACCGAGGAUUUCGAACGACGUGGUGCAAUGUCAGCCAUGCAAUAUAACGAUUACAGUUUUUCACCAACAUUGAGAACAUAUGAACCGUAUGAUGACACAGCGAAAAGCAUGAAUGAACCACCCAUCUUUCAUUCAAACGAAAGCCUUAACACAACCGCCCAAUCGGUAUACUCGGAGUUCAGUACAGCAACAGAUCGUCGAAGCAAAAUGUCCGUUAUAUCCAAUGCCGUUCCGGUUGCAUCUUCACUCACAAAUAAUUUCAACCAAGUGACAGACUCAUAUCAAAACUACACUAGUAGUACAAGUCGAAAACGUUUACCACAAAUUCCAGCUGUUCCGAAUUUAACAGAUGCGACCAGUGCUAAUAAUUCGAAUUUCGAGCCAACAAUAAGAAGCACAGGAAAACGUUUACCAGACAUCAGUGCAUUAUCAACAAAAGCCUAUAUAACCUCUUCUAGUUAUCAACAUUUAGAAACAACUACGAGUGCCAGUGGUCCACAGCUGUACUCAACGACAAACAUAACAAAUACAACUAACAAUAAUGAUAUCAAAAUUAAUCUAAGUAAUAAUAACAGAUUGACAUAUGACACUUGUUAUAGAUAUAAUUUGAAUAGUAGUGAUAGUACGUAUGACACUAGUGAUAAAUACGUUCCGGAAAAUAGCACUUAUGAUUGCUUUGCGGCAAAAUCAGUCACCAAUGAUAUUUAUGAUACAGAUAAUUCACUAACGAAAUCUUCGAUUGUGGAACCUCCAAUAACGGAUGCCACAUCGUUAAUAACCCCAUAUUCCCCAACAUUUUCCAUGCCAUAUUCUACGACCUAUUCCACAUCAUACACAACAUCAUACGCAACAUCGUUUACCACGGCAUCUACAACAUUAGAUUCAACCUUGUACUCAAAUUCAUAUACCACACCAACCACGUAUUCAAUGUUGUAUACUACAACGCCGUAUACAACACAAAACACCACGCCGAUAGCUAAGCAGAUCACACCAACAACAACCGCAAUCAAUAUCACCACUUCAUCAUCUGGUACAUCAUCUUUAUUCUCAUCGUCAUCACAAGCCACUGCAAACUUCAUGAAGAGUAGUCUAAGCGGAAUAUCCAAAACAUUUUCCAUGUUCCAGUCAAAGACGCCAACAUCAGCUGUCGACAAUGGUCAACAACAAAAUCAAUCAGCAAUUGGCGGUUUCCUUUCUGAUCAUUUGACUGGUACUUUCGGUGCAACCGAAACAAGUAACAACCAACAAAAUAUCCAAAACCUCCAAUCGCAAUUG